AUGACUGCAAGUAGUCACUGUUUUGUGGAGUGGAAAGAGCAAUUUAUUUCGCAGGAGCGUGGAAAUCGUGUGGUUCACUAUUUCCUGAAGGAUUCUGCUGGAGAAUCUAUUCUUGCCGUUGUGGGCACUGAGCGGAGUGUUAGGCAUAUGUUCUAUGUGGUUGCUGGGGAGUUUGUGCAGGUUCAUGGUGCUGAAAAUUCCAUUCAUGCUGGUUUCAAAUGGAGGUCAAGAAGGGAGGUUGUGGAUUGGCUUACUUCUAUGCUAUCGAAGCAGCAUGUACAGGGUGAUCGGUCUAAAACACCACAAGGUUUAGAAUCAGUAAAUGGGCUUGGUGGUCAACAGAUGCAGGGCCAUCUUUCAAAAAAUUCUGGUGGACACGAUUCAGACAUUGAAUGGUCAGGCAUUGCAUGGACAUGCGGGAAACAACUGAAGCAUUAUCCUGCCUUCUGCAGGAAUGCAACUACAAUAAUGAUCCAAUCCUUUGUCUUUGUCAUGGCUAAAGGACAGAAUCAUUACCUUGCUUACUUGGAAGAUAUGUAUGAAGACAAGAGGGGACAGAAAAAAGUCAAAGUGAGGUGGUUUCACCAUAAUGAGGAAGUUAAGGGUUUAGUUCCUCUAAGAAAUGCUCACCCAAAAGAAGUUUUUAUCACACCUUAUUCACAAGUCAUCAGUGCAGAGUGUGUUGAUGGUCCUGCCAUUGUUUUAACUCGUGAACAUUAUGAGGAAUGCUUUGCUGCUUUUCCUGAUACUUUGUCAAUGAGAAUACAUUUGUGCUUUCGGCAGUUCAGAAGCAAUAAAGUAAAGCCCUUUGAUUUGAGUAAAUUGCGUGGCUAUUUUAAUCAACCAAUUCUCUCUUGUUUGAAUUCCAAAGCCUUUCCAGGGGCUGACAACAUAGCCUGUGGACUAACUGAAGAAGAUGAGGAAUUGAGUCCAAGUGAGAACAUAAAGCUGGGAGGCAAGAGGACCAGAAGCAGCAGUGAGUCUGAAGCAUUUGCGAUAGAUCAUUUAGGAGUCGGAGUUUCUGGAAGUCAGAUUAUGGCUUUUGACUCUUCAUACCUGAACUUAAAGUAUGGUUCGUCAGGCAAGACAUUGCUUCCCCUCAAGCACGCAGACUCCCACCAAUGGUAUAGCCUGCUAUUUAAGGUUGAUGAAAAGAUUGAGCUGUUGUGCCAAGAUAGUGGUAUACGAGGUUGCUGGUUCAGGUGUACAGUCUUGCAGGUAUCUCGGAAACAGAUAAAAAUCCAAUAUGAUGAUGUGCAGGAUGAAGAUGAGUAUGGCAAUCUUGAGGAAUGGGUCCCACCUUUUAGAUUGGCUGUGGCUGAUAAACUUGGCAUGAGGCUCUUAGGCCGUCCAACAAUUCGACCAGCCCCUCUUCUGAAUGAACAAACAGAUCCUGCUCUUGAAGUUGGGUAUGCAGUGGAUGCAUGGUGGAGUGAUGGCUGGUGGGAAGGGGUGGUAAGUAAAAUUGAUCACAAUUGCAGUGAUGUUCUGCAAGUUUACUUCCCAGGUGAAAACUUCUUUUUGGAUGUACACAAAAAGGAUCUACGAAUUUCCAGAGAUUGGGUGGGCAAUCGUUGGAUUGAUAUUCAGGCAAAGCCUGACAUACUAUCAGCCGUAUCUGCUACAAGUAGCCCUGAAACAAAAGCAUCCAUCUCCUCUAUUAUUAACAAGGACCUGGUAUCUGAUCUUGGAGCUAUGUCUUGUAUUGAAGUUCCUACCAGUGCUAAACCUAAUACUAUUGAAGAGAGAGAACCUGAGUUUGCUCCCUCAAAUGGUUCUGAUAGUCAUCUUGAAGCCAUGAAAUGUGUUGACUGUGUGAAGCCUCCAAAACUAGAUUGCGUAGGCAAUGAGGAUGGUGUUGAAGACAUUAAUAUCAGUCAUGGUAAAGGUGAAGUUGCUGAUAAUGAUGAAGUUCAAGGUAUCGAACAGGGUGAAGUAGUUGAUGUUAAUGAUGGUGCUGGCAAGUUGGAUGUGGAAGUCUUUGAGACCUCUGAGAAGAAUUGUAAAGCUAUAGAACUCAUGGAAGUAGCAGCAUAA